AUGGAUGGUAGCAAUCCAUGCAUCCAUAAUCAACACAAUGAUGAUGAGUAUUUCUACUGUGGUGGGUCAAUAAUCUCAAAUCGUUGGGUACUGACCGCUGCACACUGCGUGACGCAAUCUGAACAAAUAUUGAUAAUGUUCGGCGAUGUAAACCGUGACCAUGCUGACUCUGAUUUCUAUCAGGGCCCAGGGUUUGCUAUGAUAGCAUCUAAGAUUUUUUCUCACCCGUAUUGGGACGGACACCACAAAAAUGACAUUGCGUUGCUCUACAUGCCCGAGGACAUUCCUUUCGGACACUUUCCGGCCACAUGGAUACCGACGAAUCAUAUAUACGAUGGAAAGAAAGCCUUAAUCAUGGGUUGGGGAGACAACGAUAUGGGAAAAGGAAGCAGCAUUCUUCAAUAUGGCUCCGUACCAAUCAUCCCCAAUAAUAAAUGUUACGAAGACGGAUACAUCGACCCAGAUUUACUGUGUACGGCAGGCAACACUGGAGUUGAGGCAUGUAAAGGUGACAGCGGCAGUCCACUAAUGGUUUACAGUCACUACUACAAUCAAUUCAUACAAGUUGGUAUUAUCAGUGCUGGAUUGGACUAUGAUUGUCCAAGUGCGUAUCCUGGGUGA